CCCUUGGGCUCGCAGGUGUGGGCUCGCUGUUUCUUGGAUGCGUUUAGUUCUUUCUUCUCCCCCUCCCUCUUCUCUUCCCCCUCCCGCUUUCCUCUUACGCAGUGGGAGAAGCCAAGCAGCCGGGGCUGGCUCUGCCCAGACGCUCUCCAUCCUCCCUCCCUCUUCUUCAUCCCUCCCUUUUCCUUAAAAACGUGGGCUCCGGGGUGCAACCCCCUGCUCUGGCAGCAUCCCUGCUCUGCCAGGAGCAGCCCCUUUUCCCCCCCUGCACCCGAAGCGGAGCCUCUGGGCUUUGUUCCCCCCUGGACGCGGGGGUGCCUGGAUGCGGCGGUGGGAGAGCAGCCGUGCUAGGAGGGAGACCCGCAUCCAGGUCUUUGUCACAGUUUGAUGCUUCAGGAUGGACCCUCUCUUCCCUGCCCAUAUUUUGGAAGACCCAGACCUGAGAAAGCUGCUCAAUGACUCCUCCAUGCUCAACUUGAGCUUUCUCCCCAGUAACUGGUUCAACAACAGUACGGCGGACAGCUUCUUGCCGCUGAGCAUCAAGAUCACCAUUGUGGUUGUCUACUCCAUUGUGUGCAUUGUGGGGCUGGUGGGCAACUGCUCCGUCAUGUAUGUGAUCGUCAGAUUCACCAAGAUGAAGACAGCAACCAAUAUUUACAUCUUUAACCUCGCUCUGGCUGAUACCUUGUGUCUGAUGACCUUACCCUUCCAGGGUACAGACACAUUCCUGGGCUUCUGGCCCUUUGGCAAUGUCCUCUGCAAGAUUGCCAUCUCUAUAGACUACUACAACAUGUUCACAAGCACCUUCACCCUGACUAUGAUGAGCGUGGACCGCUACAUUGCUAUCUGCCACCCUAUCAAAGCACUGGACAUCCGCACCCCCCACAAGGCCAAAGUGGUGAACGUCUGCAUCUGGGCGCUGGCUUCUGUCUUUGGCAUCCCAGCGAUGGUGAUGGGGUCUGCAGAGAAUGAAAACAACGAAAUUGAUUGUCUAAUUAAACUCCCUUCACCUGUGGACUACUGGGAUCCAGUAUUUGGCAUCUGUGUCUUUCUCUUCUCCUUUAUGAUUCCCGUGUUGAUAAUCACCAUUUGCUACAGUCUCAUGAUUAGAAGACUCAAGAACGUCCGUGUCCUCUCAGGUUCCAAGGAGAAGGAUAGAAACCUGAGGCGCAUCACCCGCAUGGUCCUGGUGGUGGUGGCAGUCUUCAUCAUUUGCUGGACUCCCAUCCAGAUUUUUGUGCUGGUCCAGUGCUUGGGUGCCAAGGCAGAAAGCGAGCUGGAGCUGGCAAUCUCCUGCUUCUGCACUGCCCUGGGGUAUGCCAACAGCAGCCUGAACCCCGUGCUCUAUGCUUUCUUAGAUGAGAACUUCAAGGCGUGCUUCAAGAAGUUCUGCUUCCCCACUGCCUUCAGGACCGAGCUCCAGAUGUCCAACAGGAUGUGCAGCAUUGCCAAGGAUGUGGCCUAUGCCUGCAAGAACUCAGAGGGGACUAACAAUCCGGCCUGACUAGGCAUGGAAAUUCCCAUGGUGGCUGUCGCCCAGCGGAGUCCAACCACCCCCACAUCAGAGCUAACUCAGAUAACAGCUCUUUAGCAGGACCUCACUACUGAGAGGCGAGAAACCGAGGAAACAAUUUUGGGGGUUGGGAAAACCGGAUACUGCAAGAGCAUGAAGAAAAAGAGCCCAAUUGAUGCAUUUUUAAUUCCAGUGCACUCUGCACUGAGGAACAGGUUUGAAAUCAGCCCUUUGAUUCCUGUGAAACCCUGGUGGUUUGGAACAUUAUUGAGAAUUCAGGAGUUAAGGGUUUACAACAUGCAUUGCUCCUGGGAUGUACACUUUUGCUCCUGGGAGACAGACACGAUGCAAACUAUUCCAUUUCUUUUUUUCUGCCUGAACUGUUUAAGGCGCUAACAGCUCAUGUGUCUCACCAGGCACUGGCGUGCAGGAUUUAGAUCUGCGGCAUCACUCUGAAAUGAGACUUUGACGAAGCCAAAGUGGCCAGCAGCUGUCAGACAAAAAACCCAAGAUCAUCUCCAGGAUGAGUCAUCACAAAAGGAAGGAUGUGAGGAGGGAGCUGGUGGAAAAGGAAAUUCAAACUGAGAACCUGGAGAGGACAACACCAGCUCCCACAGAUGGGAUCUGCAGUAGAACCUUGAGAGAGGAGCAGGGUGGUGAGAAGGGACUGUCAAAACUGAUCAAUGUAGCUCGGAAAAGGAGGAGGAAAAGACAGUUAAAAUGGACUCAAAUCCUUGUUUACAUGCUGCUAUUGCUUUUUUUUAAGCCUGUAUUUCCAUUGUAAUAACAAACAGAACGUGUCUGUGUAUAGACUUCUCCAUAGCAUUAUAGGUACAGCUAUACUGUAGGAUUUCAUCUUGCCAAGCAUGCCUUGGGGAUCCUCCUCAGUGGAGGAGGAGGAAGGAAGUGGCCUAUAUACACAUGUAUUUAUGUAUAAGGGAAAGACAUUUCAGGGAACUCGGAACAGCAGCUCCUCCAGAAGGUGUGGGCAUUUCUGGUAGGAGGGGCAGCUUCGAACAGCUUCACCCGCUUCACAUGAGAUAAGCGGUGCACAAACCAUACAAAAGGUGGUUUAUAUUUUUAAUGAAAUGAGAUCCAGGAUGCUGACCAAGCUUGGGUUGCUGACUAAAGGUUGAUUUUUCCAUCUCCCAGUAGGCCAGAGCUUUGUGUACAAUGCGAUGCCCUGCAAUUUACUUUUAUAAUAAGCUCAACCACUGAGUGCCCUCCGUGCGGCAGGGACAGUGGGUUUGUAUUCUCCCUGUAGCACAAUAAACCAGGGAAAUCUGGGCAGUGGUGGCUGGUAGUGCUGAUGGGGAAGCAAAGCAAUGACCUCCAGUUGGAGAUGGGAGGUCAACUCCAGCGUGAGAACUGGUUGUGUCAUCCGGAUUGUACAGAUUUCAUGUGAAUAUCUUUCCUGUGCUCUGGUCUAUGAGAUUCUGUAUUUUUAAUGUAUUGAUUUGCCAAGACUCUAAUGCUGUCAUGUUCUUUAUAUAUGCUGUAUAAAAGAAUACGAUGUUAUAUUUCUAUGUAGAGUGUUUCCCUUCUGGUUGGGCUUGAGAUAUAGAUACAAUUCCAGUGUCCCACGAGUAGGACCCAGAUUCCUUGUAAAAUGCUCAAGCUAGGAGGAAUUUUAUGCUGAUUAGCAUCUGAUUUGGAAUCUGGAGGGAUACCAGAGCAAACUUAGCAAUUAACACUUCCCCUGAAUAAUGAAGGGGGAGGAGGAAAUCUGGGCACUUUAAGCACUUUGCAAUGGAUAUUUAUCCCCGAGCACUCAUCAGGAAAUCUCGCACAACCCCUAAGCAUGUGAAGAACUCCCCAUGAGCCGUGCUGCUGGCAAGCUGCAUCUACGCCCUUGUAAAAGAUGAGUUUGGUGAGUCGUUUUAUCUGUGGAGGGUAAGUGAGCAACCUUGAGUCUUCUCAGCCCAUCAGUCAUGUGGUCUGAGCAUCCGGGGUGCUGGGUAGGUUGUGCACAAAGCUGGGAACCGACUGCUGGGCUCUUCUUGCAGUGCCGUUAGGGAGCAGGAGAGCAUUCGUUAGUGGCUGGCUAAGGAACAGCCACCCUCCCUUUGUAGUUCUGGGUUGGGUUUUUAAAUAGAUUCAUGUCCUCUGAAAAACAAAAUACAGUGUUUGACAUUUUUUUAAUAAGGAUUUUGUUAUAAUGACUAUGCUGCAGCGAUCUCACAUAAUCAAGUACUCGAUAAAUGUGUGUUUACUAAGCUUUUGGGUAAUUUCGUGGCCCUUGCAGUGGAUGUGUUCAGGCAUUCUGUUUCAAUGCUCAGUGGAGUUUGUUAUAAGAAGAGCAACAAAAACCUGAAAGCAAAGCUUUAUUGUACUGUGCCUCUGGAGUUAAAGGCUUGUGAUCGGUUUAAGUGCAAGCUCUUUAAUCUCCCCUUGGUUGCGUUGGUAUGAUUUUACUGUUAUCGCAGUGCAAAUGACCAUUUCCUAGCUGGCUACUUGUGUGCUUUAAUAAAGGAAAAUA